AAGAACCAACGUCGAAGCUCCAAAACCGCGCACGCUUCUCACACUAGAGACUGGAGGUGACUAACCUGGACCAGUGCGCAGCUCUUUGGUGCGUGUGUGUAUGUGUGUGCUCACGUGUGUGUGUGAAGUUUUAAUUUUUAUUUCUAAGGAAGUUUGAAUUUAGUUGUGUCCGAGCAGCAAUGCAGGUGUCUGUGGCCCUCAUCGUCUCCAGUUCGGCGCUCCUGCUGCUCCGGCUGCAGGGAUGCUGCGCGGCCGCCAAGGGCUGGAAGGAAAUAAGGAACGGUGCAACCGAGAUUUCACCGAACCGGAGGGAAAAUGCACGGCCACCUUAUGAGGCGAUCCUGCAGACCUCAAACAACAACAACAAUAACAAUAAUAACAACAACACUCUGAAUAACAGGGCGAAAAACGGAGGAAGAACUUCAACUUCAAGUUCAACUUCUUACAGUGUCUCCGAGAUGAGCUGCAGGGAGCUGCGUUCCACUCGCUACAUCACCGAUGGAUCCUGCCGCAGUGCUAAACCCAUCCGGGAGCUGCUCUGCUCAGGCCAGUGCCUCCCCGCACACCUCAUGCCCAACUCCAUCGUCCGUGGGAAGUGGUGGAGGAACAGCGCUGCAGACUACCGUUGCAUCCCGGCGCACUCGAGGACACGAAGGGUCCAGCUGCAGUGCCCAAAUGGCAACGCUCGGACUUAUAAAAUACGCAUGGUCACCUCCUGCAAGUGCAAGCGGUUCAGGCCCCACCACAACCAGUCGGUUGCCAAGGAGGUGCCAAAGAGGCAGCCCAACAGGAAGCACAAUCGCUUGUCACAGGAUCGGAGCAGCAACAGCAUGCCACUGCUGGACAACGCAUACUAAAGCAGCCAAGGACUGAACACUCAUACAUGUUACUCAUAAACCAACAUAUCUCCUUCAUAGAGGGAAGGGAUGCAAGAGAAAACUCAAAGAGAAAGAAUUAAUAAGCUAAUUUCUGGUCUGAUUCCUUGCAUGACAUAAUGGAUCAGCGCCAGCAGUGACUGGUCAGGAGAUGACCUGUCAGAUCUUCCUUUCAAACAGAGUGCUUGUAAAGAUAAUAAGAAAACUUCCCUAAAUCCUCGACCCCCAUCUGUACAAAUAUCCAACGGAAGCAGAACCUAACUCAGUUUAAAGCUCCGGAGAAGCAUCUUCUCUCUAAACUGGCCGAAAUCCAUCUCCUGAUGUGUCUGGGUUGCUGUGGGAUUUUAAAAGGUUCCCUGAAAGUUGCCCUGAGACAGACCUGCCGAUCACAGCAGCUCUUUACUUAAAAAUUAGGAAAGCAGCGUCAGAAGAGAAAAAGAAACAAAAGUUUAUCACCUUCGACACUAUUGAUGAGGGGUGGGGUCAUUAGGCAUUUCUGUAACUCUUAGUUCAUUCCUGUGUUAGGAUUAAGUCGAACAAAGCAAUUUCCUCUACAUAUGACUAGUUUCUGCUGGCUGGUGUCAUGCAGAAAGAAAGUGCACAUGGUGUGUAGGAGGCAUCAGAAAGCGUUACACAGGGGCAGAGCUCUCUCCAUCACACCCACACUGGAAUGUUGUUGCACCGGGCCAAGCUGAGCAGGGAUGGAGCCAGAAUCCAUCUGUUGUGCUAGCCAGCAAGAUUCAAGAAAGCCCCACUCCUCUCUGUAAAUAAUCCAGGCAGGAAACAGACAAAGACUAACAAAAUCUUUUACAAUGACUUUGUUUCUCAAUGUACUGAAGGAAGAGGAAACAGCUAUGCCCAGUGUGUUACGAGUUGAACUGAACUUUCAGAGAAUAUUGACGACAUUCCUACUAAUUCUCAGCUCUGCAAUGUUUUUCCCCAUACAUUUCUUCAUAAUUUCAAAUGUUGGCUGCGUUUUUCCCCAAAACAUACAUUGACAUAGCAACUUGAAGUAGGUUCAGCAUGAUUGUACAUAACAAAUCUGCACGCUUGGGAUGGAGGGAAGGGACCCAAAGAAGGACUCUUUAAAAAAAGAAUGAACUGCAUAUUUAUUUUUUAUGUCCACAUUUAAAUUAUUUAUGCAAUCUUUUGUAGCAACCGAUAGUCAUAAUUGUCAUAUAGUGUGAUAGAGAAAAUAAAAGAUUAUACAGUACAUGAAUAAAAGUAAAGGCAGAUAUAUUUCAACAAA